AUGGAACAGAACAAGGACCUCAAGUUGACCGUCACCGACUUUGCCUCUUCUAAUGGCUCCCAACCGAACGAACUGCCUUCUCCAGGCCGAAACACUCAUUUCACACCCAUCGCCCUUCGAGCUCCAACCCGCACCUCCAUGGACCUCGACGACUAUUUCGUGGGUCCUCUAGACAUAAACCACCACUCGAAAUGGCCUUACUUCCUUCGUCUGCACGGCAGCGUGUUGCCCAAGAUGGUCCUACCACUUGCUUUCGUUGCAGCUUGGGCCACAGCAAUCACUUGCAUAUCUAAAUUCGUCCAUGACCUGGGCAUCAACUCGGUUCUGCUCACCAUCACUGGUUUCGUUGUCGGCCUGGCUCUGUCAUUCCGCUCCUCCACCGCCUAUGAAAGAUACAGCGAAGGAAGAAAAUACUGGGCACAGUUGGUGGUGACGUCGCGGAACCUGGCCCGCCUGAUCUGGGUUCACACCAUAGAACGACACGAUAUCAGCGAAGAGCAGGGAAAGGCCGAUCUACUGGGCAAACUCACCGCAUUGAAUCUGGUCAACGCCUUCGCCGUGGCACUCAAGCAUCGUCUCCGGUUUGAGCCGUCGACCCAGUAUCCUGAUCUGCAACCGUUGAUUGGACAUCUCCGAACCUUGGCUGGCGAGGCCGACCAGACACAAUUCGAACCCAGGAAGCAUACACCAUGGAAAGCUGCAGGCGAAUAUCUAGGUAUCCCGUUUGCCCAGUCUAACCCGCGAAAAUUGGUGAAACGCUCACGGGAUAACCUCGGUAACCUCCCCCUCGAGAUCCUCACCUAUUUGUCGGCGUACAUGGACGAGGUCAUGGGCAACGGUCAGCUCAAAACGCCGGUCCAUCAAACCCACGUCAUGAACAAUAUCACGACUCUAGCCGAAGUUCUCACCGGUACCGAACGUGUACUCAACACUCCUGUUCCAAUCGCCUACUCGAUUUCCAUUUCGCAGAUCACGUGGGUGUAUAUCCUCGUCCUGCCAUUUCAGCUGUACAAGUCACUGGGGUGGGUGUCGAUAUUUGGCACCGUCCUUGCGGCGUACAUCAUUCUGGGACUGGCAGCCAUAGGCUACGAGAUUGAAAACCCGUUUGGCAACGAUGUGAACGACCUGCCGCUGGACAACUAUUGUCGCGAACUAGCCAGUGACAUUGACACCCUGACCAGCAUGCCGGCCCCAACGGCCGAGACGUUUAUCUCCAUGGCGGAGAACAAGGUUCUGUUCCCAUUGAGCAUGAGCGACUACCACAGUUGGAAGACGCGGUCCGUGGCAGACAUCAGGAGUGCCUUGCGGGCCAAAGCGACCACUGCAGCGACAUCUGUUGACUUUCAGCGUGUAAAGGCACAGUCAGAGAGUACCGAGCAGAGUGGCAAGGUUGGACGUGUGAGUGAGAACAAACAUGUGUCAGAAGUAGUAGAAGCGGUUUGA